CAUUUUCAUUUCACGCAGAAUUAUUGAUUUCAUUCUCAAACCAUAGUUCAGACUAACAUACGAUGACCACAUUAUCAGAUUAUUGCGGCAUUGAAGACUAUGGGAUUGUAGGCGAUAUGCACACCAGCGCCCUAGUCAGCAGAAAUGGAAGUCUUGAUUUCAUGUGUUGGCCUGCAUUUGAUUCCCCAUCUGUCUUCUGUCGCCUACUCGACACCGAUCAAGGUGGUCAUUUUUCAAUCUUUCCAGUACCAGACAUCAAACCACUCAGCAAACAAAGAUAUAAGCCCUACACGAAUAUGUUAGAGACGCGAUGGAUCCAUGAGGAUGGAGUGAUUAGUCUUUUGGAUUAUUUUCCCGUUUCGGAUAAGGCACCAUCCCGUCAAACCGAUCUUCUGUCCGGUUGGUGUCCCUGUAGGACAUUACAUGAUCAUCAGCUGCCACCGUGCCAUUCAGGCAUUGUGAGAAAAGUUGAAUGCGUCCGUGGACAGAUGGAUAUGAUGGUGGAAGUGUUUCCAGCAUUCAACUAUGCGCGUGACAAUCAUGAUGGAAGCUGGGUAAUUGAUAACAAGAGCAAGGGACAGCACCGACAAUAUCUUUUCAAAAGCCCGACACAACGCUUACAACUGAGUAUCUACCUGGCUUCAAAGCCUUCAUUAGGUAGUGACUCAGUAGUUAAAGCGGAUUUCCAACAGAGACCCGGCCUCAAAGGACCAGGACUUUCCAUGCGACUAAGUAUAACAGAAGGACAGUCGGUGACCUUUGUCCUGCACAGUCCUGAAACGAAGCUUCCAGAGAGUUUGCUGGAGACAUACUUGGAUAGAUUGGAACAAGAAACUGCCAGCUAUUGGCGGCACUGGAUUGGGCAAUGUACAUUUCGCGGCCAUUAUCGAGAGCAGGUGGAACGAAGUCUUCUAGUACUCAAGUUGUUGACAUACAAACCCACCGGUGCGAUCGUUGCAGCUCCAACAUUCUACUUACCAGAGAGCAUAGGAGGAGCCCGCAAUUGGGAUUACCGAUAUUCAUGGGUUCGAGACGCAGCAUUCGUUGUCUAUGUCUUUCUUAAGAAUGGCUAUCCAAAAGAAGCCGAGGCAUACAUCAAUUUCAUUUUUGAUCGAGUCUUCCCACCUAUUGACCGCAAUGUGAACGAGAGCGAACCAUUUCUCCCGAUAAUGGUUACCAUCAGAGGUGACUAUGACAUCCCCGAAAGCGAACUCGACCAUCUAGAAGGAUACAAGGGGAGUAAACCAGUACGGAUUGGCAACGGAGCUGCCAGCCACAAGCAGCUUGACAUCUAUGGAGAGCUUAUGGACAGUGUUUAUCUGUAUAAUAAGCAUGGAAAUCCAAUUUCCUAUGAGCAGUGGCUUGCUGUAAGACGCAUGAUUAGCCAUGUUGUCAAAGUACGGAACGAACCCGACAGAUCGAUCUGGGAGGUACGGGGUGGCAUGAAAAAUUUUGUCUAUUCCAAAAUCAUGCUGUGGGUUGCCAUGGAUCGGGCGUUACGUCUUGCAGAAAAGCGAUCGAAUUUACCAUGUCCUGAGCGGAUUGAGUGGUUACGUGUGCGGGAUGAACUCUAUGAUCAGAUUCUAACAAAGGGGUACAGUAUGCAGAUGGAUUCCUUCUGCAUGAAUUACGAGGAUCAGAAUAGGCUAGAUGCUGCUGUUUUGAUAGCUCCUCUCGUUUUCUUCAUUGCACCAAAUGACCCAAGAUUCAUCCGUACAUUACAGAGAAUUAUGCUGCCUUCUUCAAAAGGUGGGCUAUCGGUUGCAAAUAUGGUGUCUCGAUAUGACCACACUAAGGUGAACGAUGGCGUCGGUGGCCGCGAGGGCGCCUUCGUGAUGGUGACAUUCUGGCUAGUCGAAGCAAUGAUGCGUGCUUCAAAAUGCAUGCCCUACCAUGUGGUUGAUCCGUUUUACCGAGGUCUGCGAGAGUCAGCAGUGACUCAUUUUGACAAUAUGCUUCUGUUCGCGAAUCACUUGGGACUUUUCUCAGAAGAAGUGGCCAUAUCCGGGGAACAGAUUGGCAACACCCCCCAAGCCUUCAGCCAUUUGGCCUGUAUAAGCGCCGCGAUGAAUCUUAGUCUCGAACACUGAACCCCCAUAUAUCUUGCGCUUUUAUUACCAAUGUAUAUCAUUGUUCCAAAUCCCGGUCCACCACUGUAACAUGCAUGCAGCUAGGAAGGAACAACAUUGAUGAAGAUCUGUCUAACUGCCUACGCGCGAGCGAGAAGAAGGUCGACGAUAGUCACCACCUAGGCGAACCCAACCGGCAGAAACGGCGCCCGUGGCUACUAUAGCUGUGCGGCUGCGGCACAUCCCAAGAGGGCAGAUACCAAAGAACCAUGUGGGGAUAGCCAGAGCUGUUGCGAUAACUGCGCGAAUGGCAAAUACACCAUUGUUUCCAACGGCG